GCACUGGUAGCGCUACCAGUAGAGAGUAGCGUACCACUAUCACUGGUAUGCUACUAGAAGAAAAAUGGUACCAUUAAUCGGGGAAAAAAACAGAUCUAGAAAAGAGGAGCCACUGGUACGUACCAGUGAGUAGUGGUAGCGUACCACUAUCACUGGUAUGUUACUAGAAGAAAAAUGGUACCACUAGUCGGGAAAAAAAAAACAGAUCUAGAAAAGGGGAGCCACUGGUACGUACCAGUGAGUAGUGGUAGCGUACCAGUAGCGCUACUAGUGGUAUUGGUACCUACCGGUGCUCACUGGUACAUACCAGUAGAUACUAACACAACAAAUCAGAUCUGGAAAAAAAUAGGGAUGAGGAAAGAGGCGGGCAGGGAAGAGUCAUCGACCUCGCGACGGCGACGUAAAAAUGGCGGCGGGGGCAGUGUAUCGCGGCAGGAGCGGUGGGGACAGCGGGCGCGGCAGGGCGGCAGGAACAGCCGACGCGGCGGAGGUCGGGGUGGCGGUGGGCAUGGGGGAGGAAGAGCGAGAUGCGGCGGCGGCAACGUCCGCGAAAGAGGGGGAGGAAGGGAAGAAGGAGGUGAACGGCUGUGAAGUUGGUAUGGGUUAGAUUAGGGUUUUAUUAUUUUAUAUCGAAGGGAGAAUGAUAGGGUGUGGUAAGUUUUUUUCAUCCCAAAAACACCCUUCUUUUCAUCUCAACCUUCAAUUAAAAAAUAACAAGAGAGAGACAAGAGGGAGAAUACAUCUAAUGGCUAUAAAGUGGGUUGUCAAACUCACAACCCCAUUAAGGGGUUGUCACCAUAUCCCAUCCCCUUCUUGGUGGUUUAAGUAUAACCUAUUUCACCCAAAAAUUAUAGAAGUCUCGAGCUAAAAAGAUUAAGUAUGUCCUAGGUACUGCAUAUUUGAAUUUUAGACGAAUAUCGUUUAUGCACAAAAAUGAAUUUUUUUUCCUUAU